UUCAGCCCCCAAACGCCGCUCCCAUUUAUUUUCUCCAGCCGCUGCUUCUCCUCUCCCUCUCCCUCCCUCUCCUACUCCCUGGCCGAUAACUUCGUCGAGGAGAGUUCGAGGCCCGCCAUUUCCCGAUCUCAACGAAACUCAUACGCCCAGUCGACCUUCGUUGCACGCCGAGAUCGCAGGUGGUUUUGAAAGAACAGUUGCUUCAGUUCUUAGUUUAAGAUAAGAUGGUGAAGCUGACAAUGAUAGCACGCGUUACUGAUGGGCUUCCAUUAGCAGAAGGGUUGGAUGAUGGCCGUGAUCAGAAAGAUGUUGAAUUCUACAAACAGCAAGCAAAGCUUUUGUUUAAGAACCUGUCUAAAGGACAGCAUGAGGCUUCAAGAAUGUCAAUUGAGACUGGUCCUUACUUUUUUCACUAUAUCAUUGAAGGUCGUGUUUGUUAUUUGACAAUGUGCGAUCGUUCUUACCCCAAAAAACUUGCUUUUCAAUACCUAGAAGACCUCAAAAACGAGUUUGAGAGAGUCAAUGGGAAUCAAAUUGAAACAGCAGCAAGGCCGUAUGCUUUUAUCAAGUUUGAUACAUUCAUACAGAAGACCAAGAAAUUGUACUUGGAUACUCGUACCCAGCGUAACCUUGCAAAGCUGAAUGAUGAACUUUAUGAGGUCCACCAAAUAAUGACUCGCAAUGUUCAAGAAGUACUUGGUGUUGGUGAAAAACUUGAUCAGGUCAGUGAACUGUCAACCCGGCUGACAUCUGAAUCUCGCAUCUAUGCAGACAAGGCAAGAGAUCUAAAUCGGCAGUGAUAAAUCUAUAGCUGAUCUGGGAUCGUGAUUCAUGCACCAGGCUUUGAUUCGGAAGUGGGCUCCAGUUGCUGUUGUGCUUGGAGUUGUCAUGCUUCUUUUUUGGGUCAGAAAGAAGAUAUGGUGAUUCCAUGUAUUGAAAGAGUCAAUUGUGAUUUUUGUUCAUCAUAUACAAAUGUAUACAUUGCCAGCUUGAUUAUACCAAUGUUUAGAUGUUAUUUUGCAAGAACCGCUAGACAAGAAACACACCUGGGUGCUAUUCUUUUCACCUGCCAUUAGAGUAGAAAGGAAACAAAUCGGAUGAUGUGAUUAAGCGCUGCAUAUAUUAGUAGAGAGAGUACUAGUUAUUCAAAUGACAUGUUUUUCCAGAAAAAUUAAAGAUAAUUGCUUGUGGUCUUCCUUUAUGAAGGCAGCCUCCUCCAUAUAAACUGAUGAGGAAAGGCUUAACCUUAUGAAUAGCACCAGGAUUUAAUUGUCCUGGUUAUAUGAUUGAAGAACCUUGAUGAACGUAAAGCUAUCAUGAAGCAUGGGCCACAAGAGGGUCUGUAUGAACUCUAAGCUCAUGUAAUUGUCAAAUUUUUGUUAGUUGGCUGUCUGUUCAUUGCUCGAAUCUGCUUAUGUUUAGAAUAUUUAUCAAUGAUUAUCAGUUUUAA